ACAGUCUUUAUUUUUUCUCUUUUGUUAAAUUUCUUAAAGCUCAGUUGAAGAGGAAAGUUCAUAAUAAGUCAAAGUGGCAUGUAGGUAACAAAAUAAAGCGAAGGAAACUUUCACAAGCAAAAGACAAUGGCCAAACUGCUGUGAAUAAUCAAGUCAGGAGUAGUGAUACGGAGGAAAGUCAGCCCACAAGCACAGAGCACAAUGAGCUGGGAAACACGGGAGAGUCUUCCGUAGAAGAGAAUGAGAAGCAGAAUGUCUCCGAAAACAACCUAGACCUGAAAAAUACCUCGAGUACCUCCAAUAUUGAGAAUGAGCUUGAAGAAUCUAAUGAAAUUACAGAGUGUACAGACUUGAGAAAAGAGAACAUUGAUUGCAGUGGAGAUGCUUCUAGCUCCCAGGUCAUAGACAUUCCUGAUGAAAAUGAAUCCAAAGAAAUGUGUAUUCUGCGAAUGACUCGAGCUAGACGUUCCCAGGUAGAGCAGCAGCAGCUCAUCAGUGUGGAGAAGGCCCUGGCGAUUCUCUCUCAGCCCACACCCUCGCUUGUUGUGGACCAUAGGCGCUUAAAAGUACGUCAGACUGAAAUUACAGGGUUCCCUUGGCAUGUUCUCUUCCUCACACAAGCGAGGAAGGAUUGCAGACUAAUAGUGCAUUAGCUACAUAGAGACUUCUCUUAGCUUCCUUGUCCUUGGGAUGGAGAGCUGGGUCAGAGGUUAAGAGCUCUGGCUGCUCUAAAGACCUAGGUUCAAUCCCCAGCACCCACGUGGCCUCUAGGCAUCAGGCAUGCACAUGGAACACCUUAAAU